CUCAGUCUCAGUUUCAGUUUCACGCUCUCCGGACACGAGACCGGGGGUUAAAAAUCCAGAGACUGAAACAAUAAAAAUACUAAACGAUCGCUUUCCCGCACUCAAACACCAACACAAACCCAGACACACACCCCGACACACAGACAAAUACGCAUUCACAGGACUCACAGGACUCGGGCGAGGACUUGUGCGUCUGUUAACAGCCGCAUUUGAAUUUAAAUGCGAAACGUUGAUCAAACGGUUCAGACGUGUUUUUCCAACCGGUAUCGCUCUGCGUUUUCCCCAGCGACUUUUCGUGUCAGGAUUUGAACUAACAGUUAAGUGCGAAUCUCAAGGAUACAAGUGAAAAUCAAGAACAAGCCAAGUUUAACUGCCAAUAAACAAGAAAAUAAAUAAGUGCCAUGUCUUCCUCUGAGGCCGAAGUUGAUAUCAGUGUGGUCUCCAGUCCGGAGCCGAGUCCUUUGGGCGCCGCCGCCCGCGAGAGCCCGCUGAUGGCCCGCUCGCCGGCCCGCUCCGCCGACGGCAGUUCGCCGCCUGCCACGCCUACGCCGACACACCGCUCCACUACGCCAAAUACAGCCGCCGGGACACCCACAACAUCCGGCGGGGGUCAUCACUUCCAUCACAGUCCGAAUAGUGGGGCUGUGCCGCCGGCGGUGCUGCACCACCACCUGCAGCAUCACCUGAGCACCCUGGGCGGUCACCCAGUGGCUUUGCAUCACGCUCUGCAUAGCUUUGGCCACUUGCAUCCUGGUCAUCCGGCUGCCACGCAUCCCGCUCUGUUGCAGCAGCAGCAACAUUUGCAACAGCAACAUGUGCAGCACCACCAGCAGCAGCAUGGCGAGCGGUUGAGUCCACCGCCCAAGAGUCCCGAGCGGAACGGCAUCGAUGAGUUGCAGCAGAACAACAACAACAGCAAGGCCCUGAAUCACAACAACACCUGUGCUGCGGCAGCGGCAGCAGCCACAGCGGCGGCGGUAGCCGCGGCCAACCUGAGCGCCAACAGCAACGACAGCAACGGUAGCAGCGGCGCCGGGAGCGGCGGCGGCGGCGGUAGCAAGGCUACCACAGGAUCCAACGGCUUCACCAGCUUCUCCAUCUCCAGCAUUCUGAGCCGCAGCGAACCGGCCAAGAAAAACGGUGCCGCCGGCCUGAUAGCACCCAUCCCGCAGUUACCGCACCCAGGUCCUGGCGGGCCGCAGGAUGCAGCUAUGCUGUCCAGGCUCGGCUUCAUUUCGCAGUGGGGCGCAUUGGCGGGUCGCUACGCAGCCCUGUGUCCGCCCGGAUGGCCCUGGGCCCCCCAGCGGUUGCCCUUUCACAGUCCCACCCACGACAGCUCCUCCACGAAUACCACGGAGAAUCCACCAUCACCCACUUCCAUGAGUCCCAACAACAGCAAUAAUAACAACAACAGCAGCACUGCCAGCGUGAAUGGAAGCAGCGGCAACAACAGCUCGAGUCAGGCCAGCAAGUCGCCAUCGCACCACCCGCACCACCCUCUCUACCAUCCGCUAGUCCAGCAGCAGCAGCAGCAGAGCCAGCAGCAUCCACAGCAACAGCAUCCACAGCAGCAGCAGCAGCAACAACAGCAGCAUCCACACCAACCCACCACGCCCACCAGCACCAGCAGCCUCCCGUCCCAUCCUCACUUGGCGGGCUCACAUGGCGGAUACUUGCUGCCCGGCAGCUCGAACGAGUCGGACGAGGAAGGCGAGGAGAUCAUCGAGGAGGAUGACGGCACUGACGGUCCCUCGGACAGCUCCUCGCCCCACGGCGACGGCAGUGGCUCCAAGCGAAAGAAGAAAACCCGCACAGUCUUCUCGCGGGCUCAAGUCUUCCAGCUGGAGUCGACCUUCGACCUUAAGCGCUAUCUCAGCUCCUCGGAGCGGGCGGGACUGGCUGCCUCGUUGCGUUUGACCGAAACGCAGGUGAAGAUUUGGUUCCAGAACCGGCGAAAUAAGUGGAAACGCCAGCUGGCGGCCGAAUUGGAGGCAGCCAACAUGGCCAAUAUGGCGCAUGCAGCUCAGCGAUUGGUGAGGGUGCCCGUUCUCUAUCACGACGGAACCACAGCCGGAUUUGUGCCACCGCCACCGCCGCACCACCAUCCGAUGCAGUACUAUGCAGCAGCGGCAGCACGCAACACCAGCCCCCCGCGACCUCCGCUGUCUUCGCUGGUAUAG